AUGGCGCCAGGAAUCUUCAUCGUGCCGGGCCUAUAUGAAAGCAUCGCCACCUUCGGGCCGCUUGUCGACGAACUCAAGAAAGCCGGGUACCCCUCAAUCCAUGUGGGCACCAUCAUCAGCGGUGGCACGUCUUCAAAACGGGAGCCUCGCGGGCUCACCAUUGCCGAUGACACGCAGGGUAUCCGAACCGAGCUCGAACCGUUCGUGGACAGAUGCGGAAGUGAUGGCGUGAUUCUGGUCCUGCAUUCUGCUGGCGGCUUCAUCGGAGCUGGCGCCAUGAAGGGCCUGACCCAGUCAGCCUACGAAGACGAAGCAAAGAGGGGUGGAAUUCGACAAAUCGUCGGGAUCACGGCCGCCUUUCUGCCAGUUGGAUUUGAGCAUCGGCCGUUGCCGUUUAUGAAGAUCGAUGAAGAGAAGGGAACCCAGGGCCCUGUUGAUGAUAUGGCGUUCUUCAACGACAUGUCCGCCGAGGCUGCCAAGCCGUGGAUCGACGAGUUUGUGCAUCAUCCGGCGCAUGGAUGGGGCACGAAGAUCGAGUACGCCGGGUGGCAUGACGUGCCUGUGGACUACAUCAUUUGCGAACGAGACCAGAUCAUUCCCAUGCAGAUGCAGGAGACGGUCGCGGCUGGUGCGGAGGCAAAGAUUUAUCGACUCGAUGCAGGGCAUAUGGCGCAGUUGUCUCGUACCAAGGAGCUUGCGAACCUCAUCGUGGAGGCUAUUCGCCGCAUGAGUUAG